GGUCACCCAGUGGGUUUCCACAGCCAAGCGGGGACUCGAACCCUGAUCUCAUAGUCCAACACUCAAAUCACUACAUCACACCAGUUUAGAUUGAUAGUGCAGACUCUAAAUUGAAACAAACAGUUCAAAAACUGUUCAAGAAAGUGUCUUCUAUGUAAAAUACACUUCAGGAGGGGGAAGAAAAGAUGGAAAUAAUCAGAGCUUUGUUCUGCAAGAUUAAGGUUCACUGGUCCGACCUCCUCCUGCAACUAUUUGGUCAAUGUUUAGCAGAUGGUGCAGCGCAUGGCUGGUGGGGAUGCAUUCAACUGGUUUCAACAAGUGGAACAGGAUAUCCUCCUCCCCCUUCCCAGCAUCUAAAUCAAAUCUCUUUUGCUCAUGUGCAAAAGACUGCAUCAAGUCUGGUGAUUCCAAGAGAAGACAGCUAGUUUUCCCACCACAUCCCUGCAGAAGGGUUGUGUUGAUAUUGCUGGGAGACACAUACAACUGGAGGGGAAAAGCCAUAGAAAUGGCAGUGGGUAGCGACCCAAGGAUCUGCUUGUCGUUCUUAUAUAAGAACGACCCUUUCUAUUCCUUCUAUCUUUCAGAUCUCCUCUCGGCACCACAGCAGGUUAGGAAUAAGUUUCUCAAGGAGCAGAAGGACCUCACGGUGACUCUAGGGAAACUUGAACACCAGAAGCUGAGCAGACUUAGACAACUGGAUGAGGAAAAAAAACAUUUUCGUCUACUGAUGAUAAAGAAAUUAGCCCCCAAAGUCACCAGCAGCAGGGGUUCCUCCAGCAUCACAGAACCAGACUUUCAAACAACAGUCUCCAGUGUCCAGUUUUCAUCUCUUGAAUUAAGUAAGAGCAGCUGGAAGAGCCUAGACACCAAAUUGUACACCAGACCAGAUGCUACCUUCUUUUCAACUGCCAGAAAUGAAAUUUCAGCCACUCAUACUCCAAAGUUUUGCAAAGUGCCUGGCUCAUUUCCAAAACACUGAGCCAGUCAACUCAUAUAGACACCUUCCUAGCAAGAAGCACCUCGCAAGCACUGAGAGCUAUUUGCCUCUCUUCCAUCACACUACACCAUCUAUACACCUUUGUGAAAGCAGCAAAAGGAAUUAAUGCUUGGAAUGGAUUGGUAAACUAAACUCUUGGUGCCAGCUGAAAACUGAUGUAGCUUUAUGUAUAAUUCUGUUGACAUCCAUAUUUUAAUGAGAAGCCAUGUGAACAUAAAGGGAAUCAAGGCAAUAUUCCUUAUUAGCAAUAACAUGGGCUUGCAAAUAACUAUCAUCCAGGCUGUAAGCAUGUAGUAAAUAUUCCAAGCAAGUAAUAAGUUACAGGUUUUCAUACAGAAAAUACUACCUGCCCUUAAGGCCAUGAAUGAGAUCAUGAAAUCAAAUUUAGUAAUUUUGACUGUUUUUAGCUACACUUUGAACAUUUUUACAUUUUUGUUGUUACACAAAAUACUAUAAACCACAUUUGAGAAUAUUAUA